GAAGAAAGCUCCAAUCUUUCUCGCCCUCUCGCGGUUCGGAGGAGGGACCCGGGCGCAAAGACUCUAAAGCGCAGGUGAGCUCCGGGCGGGGAAGAUGUUCCCCAGCCUGAUCCACCACGCUAGCCACGGCCGACCCGACGUCGCCGUCGCCGAGGACGCACCACGCAGUGGCUGCGGGUUAGGGCUGCCCGGGCACGGCGGCGGGCCCAGCGUGGUGCUCACGGCCGAUCCCAAGCCUAGGCUCCGCUGGACGGCCGACCUCCACGACCGCUUCGUCGAUGCCGUCGCCCAGCUCGGCGGGCCUGAUAAAGCAACACCGAAAGCUAUCAUGAGGACAAUGGGAGUGAAGGGCCUCACCCUUUUUCACUUGAAAAGCCAUCUUCAGAAAUACAGAUUGGGAAGACAGUCUGGAAAAGAGUUAACGGAGCAAUCAAAAGAUGCUUCUUACCUUAUGGAAGCUCAAAGUGGAACAACUUUGUCUCCUAGAGGUUCUACUCCAGAUGUGAAAGAGAGUCAAGAAGUUAAAGAAGCACUCAGAGCACAAAUGGAAGUGCAACGAAGAUUGCACGAACAAGUGGAGGUCCAGAAGCAUAUGCAGAUCCGAAUGGAGGCGAACCAGAAGUACAUCGACACGAUACUAGAUAAGGCGUUCAAGAUAGUAUCUGAGCAACUGAGUGGCUUCAGCAUAUCUGACCAAGACCUACCGAUUCUCACCUCUGCUAGGGCCAUGCUUAGCCCUGCAGAUCACUUGAGUUCGUCUGUCUUCCCCCAGCUCUCCGUCAGCUCCGUUAGCCUUCACAAUCCUGGUCCUGGAGGAGGGAAAGGCCUUCCGCAUGUUGCCGACAGCCACGUGUUCUCCCAGAGGCCACCUGAACAAUUCAAGCGCAAAUCACGUUGAGAAGCAUUGCUAGCUCGACGCAGAUGCAUGACCUGAUCAAGGGCACACUGGAAAAUCAGAGGAAUUUCGUCUGACAUGUGCACGGUGCAAUCGUUCACCCAUCCUCCCGUAGCACAUCUGUGAAAAUCAAGGUUAUCUUGGUCUAUUUCGGUACAUCUAGACUGACCUUUAUUAAUAUCUAAUGUAAUGCCUAAGUGGACUAGAUAAGUAAUUCGCUUGAUGUAAACUGCCCAGCUGUAGGAUCCAGUUUUAAAGUCCUGUUCCACGCACUUAAAACUUAGGGGCCGUCUCUCGGGCGGCUUCAGCAGCUCUGGCUCUUUGUCGGAUCCCUACCAAAGGCCAUGUCCCAGAACAGCUUCUGAGCAGGAGCUCAUAUACGGCUGGAAGCCGGAGCCUAAGGGGGCGUUUGGUUACUUGUAUGGGUGAGCCUGGCUCGUAUCUAGUGAGCCUGGCUCAGACUGGACUGGCUGAGUGCAUGCAGUAUAGCGUGUUUGGUUGUGUGU